AUGGAUUGGGUCAGACCGGACGUAGAAGAAAGCGAGAGUAGCGUGGCCGCCGCCGCCGCCGCAAGUGCCGUGGUUGUCGUUAACUGUGCCGUGCCACCGACGGCUCUGUCACCUGUACUGUGUGUGAACACGAACCGCGACACCGGCGACACCGACGAGAAGAACGGUCGUCGUCCGUCGGUCGGUCGGUCGAUCGGUCGUGUAAUCAUCAUCAUUAUCGUCGUGCUGUCAGCCGUCUAUUUUGCUCCGUGUUCGAACGACAACUGUUCGUCACCAUGUGUUGCGCUCAGGUCUUUGAACCACCAGGUCGGGGGCAUGGCCGACUCAAGUCAAAUCACUAAACUUCCUGUUAUUCGCGUCAUAACGCUGCCCCCAGCGGCGUUCCCCAUUACACGUCACCCUCGCGCUCUGUUGGCGGACCAAUCGAACGACGGCAACAACGAUGGUCCACCUCGCCGUGUAAGCGGCAGCGGCGGGGCUUGUCAUUCCAAUGACCAUCACCGGCCGACUGGCUUUCAGUCGGUCAUCGCCCGCCCGCCAUCGACCAUCGGCACGAUUUCGUCUUACUUGCAGAAUGGUGAAAGAAAACAUCAAAAUUGUGUUCGCAUUGCUCCAGGCUCCGCGAACAGUGAUGACGGCCGGCUUCGAAACAAAUGA